AUGCCAUCGAAAACCCUCAUCAUCGACAGCGCGGAAACCAGUCAAAUUCAAUACUCUGCUGGUUGGAGUUUCCUUCCUGGCAACGACAACGAGUAUCUACAAACUGUGAGCUAUACAACGACCAAAGACGCGAAAUUCACGUUUGAUUUUAAUGGAACGUCUGUUAAAGUCUAUGGCUCCUUGUCCGUGCGCACCCAGGAUAUCGCCACACUUCCUAACACUUCCUAUGUCCUCGACGGUGGUCCGCCCGUCCUCUUCCAUGGGAACCCUUCCGAAAAUGACGACCACCGAUAUCAACAAGUAUUCUACUCCUCGCCACCGCUUCCAUAUGGAAGCCAUUCGCUCGUCGGCACUUGCGUAGAUCAAGGAAGUAAUGUCUGGAUCGACUACUUCGUGGUUGAAGUGCCCAACGACCUACCCGCAAAUACUACGAUACCCGAGUUGCACGUUGUCCACGAUAAAUCGACACCUUCUGUCGCCGAAAUCCUAUGUGGCGUCCUUGGAGGGCUUCUUUUCUUAGCAACAACCCUUUCCUUGUAUCUAUGGUACCGGCGGUGUCGAAUGAUCGAAACCACCGGAACCCUGUCAGCCGGGGCAACUGAUGGACCAUUCUCACCGUCACCUUCUAUGCCUGCGCCCAAUCAUGAUGUUCUUUCUUGUGUGGAAAGCCACAAGUCAUCUAUACCUCUGUGGUACGUUUCGUCGCCGCCAGGAUCAUACGUAUAG